UGGAAGACCUAACUUAACAAAUAAACAAAUUUUCUAUGAGUAUUAUUAAACAGAUGGAAUAAUCGCCAAAUUCCUGUUCUUUUCAAAUUGUUUUUGAAGCGAUAUAGUUUUCAAAACCAGUUUCUUACCUGCCGACUACCUAUAUUUAGUGGAUUUACCAAUAAAACAAAAACAUGCGAAAGUGGAAAAUUAUAGCUGGUAGCGUUAUGGCUGUAGCAUCUUUCGUAAUAUUUCUAAUAGUUGGCAUUAAAGCAGCUCAAAUUAGUGGAGAUGAUAGAAAAUCUUUGCAAAUGGUCCACAUUGUUAUGAGACAUGGUGCUAGAACCCCGGCUAGUACAUAUCCUAAGGAUCCGUAUAAAGAUGAUCCACUGUAUCCUGUCGGAUGGGGACAAUUAACAAAUUCUGGGAAGCUUACGCUUUACAAAAUUGGUCAGUACUUCAGGGAUCGAUAUGGAAAUUUUUUAGGUGAACGGUACUCACCCGACGAAUACUACACGCAGUCAACAGACGUAGAUAGGGCUAAAGCCAGUAUGCAACUUGUUAAUGCCGGUCUUUGGCCUCCUAAAGGGGAUCAAGUAUGGGGACCUUUGGAAUGGCAACCGAUACCUAUUCAUUCGGAACCUUUGGAACAAGAUAUGUUAUUACUUGUAAGAAAGCCGUGUCCCAAAUAUCAUGAGGAAAAACAAAAGGUAAUACAGUCAGAAGAAGUUCAGAAGAUGUUUAAAGCCUAUGAGGAUCUUUUUAAAAAUUUGACUGACGUUACCGGUCAGAAAACUGAAGAUUUUGAAGGUGUUCAAGAUAUUUAUACGACUCUACUAUCUGAGAAAGGAUUCAAUUUAACCCUUCCAGUAUGGACAAAGGAAUAUUUUCCAGACAAAAUGUACAUUCCUACAGUGAAAAGUUUUGUCAUUAAUGCUUACAAUGACAAAAUGAAUCGGUUAAUAGGUGGUGUAUUAUUGAAAAAACUGAUAGGAGAUUGGACUGAAAAAUCUAAUGGAGCAAACACCAAGAAAGCUUUUUUGUACGGUGGACAUGAUGGUACCAUAGUUAAUUUACUGAGGACACUGAAAGUUUGGGACGAACAGAUACCAGAUUAUGCCAUAACAAUCUUAUUCGAAAUGUAUAAGGAUACUACAACCAACGAAUUUGGUGUUGAGAUAUAUUUGAGGAACGUCACUGCAGCACCGCCAUUUAAAUUAACAAUACCAGGCUGUGAUCAUUUUUGUCCGCUGACUAAACUUAAGGAACUCACAAAAAACGUUAUUCCAGAAAAUUGGGAAGAAGAAUGUAAGGUCGAGGACAAAAAUUUCGUUGUACCUGAAUUACAUGGACCAUGAGAGAUGAAAGAUUUUAAAGACAAUGUUAAACAAGAC